AUGACAUCGGCCGACCAGAAGGCGUUGCAUACCAAUCUCGUAGUGGUGGCAUGCCAUGCUCACUUCCUUGGGGACCCUGAAGCCGCCGACUGCGAUGUGUACUCGCCACAGCAAUGGAAUUUACAACCAUUUCAGCAACCGCGUGGGCACAAACCUGGCGAGCACGAGACAUUUUUAGACCAUAUCCAGGCGGGGCUAAACAAGCUCUCCUCUGGCGCAGCCAAGGACAACAGCAUCUUGAUCUUUUCUGGAGGCUUCACGUCCAAUUCUGUCCACCUAAGCGAGGCUCGCAGUUACUUCAGGGCAGCCAUAGCUCUGACCAAGCUCCACGGCCAGUCCGAGUCUUGCAAGAGUCUAUUUGGCUCGAAGAUAUUCCUGGAAGAACAUGCCACCGACAGUUACCAGAACUUACUCUUCUCUCUUUUGUGCUUUAGAAAAGCAAUCGGCAGAUAUCCUGAGACCAUUCAGAUCAUCACUCAUGCGUUCAAAUCUGAAAGGUUUUUGAUGUCUCACGCCAAGGCAAUUCGCUGGCCGUCAGACCGGAUCAGGGUGCAGGGUAUUGAUCCAGUUAUGUCUGUAGAGGAAUAUGAAGACACCAAGAGUGGUGAAAGACAACGAGGCUUCCUUCCAUGGACACAGGAUAUGUACGGGAGACGAGAACCCUUGAAGCAGAAGCGCGUUAGUCGAGGCUGGCAAGAAUCAACUCUCGACGUGCUAAGCGCCGAGUUUGAACCGGGAAUCGGUGAGCUUCUGAGAUAUGACGGUGGAGAAGAGGGCCAAACACUAUACCACGGUAAUCUGCCGUGGUGUCGAGUAUAG